AUGUCGCUCGAUCCACCUACAUAUCUCAGCUCCCUCCAGAACAACAUUCGAGCUCGACCGAUUCCAUGGGAGGGUGCGGUCCGCGCGGGCAACAUCACUGAUGACCACUUGAAGAAGAUCAAGGCGGUGGACAAGGUGCGCAAGGAGCAACGUCGCCAGACGAUAGAAGGGGAUCUUUCUGGAUAUGCAGAACUUUUGGCUGGCGGUACACAGGGAAAGAGUGUCUUGGACUCGGCCUCUCGAAGGACAGAUAUCGUGCAGUACAUACUGGUGCUGGCCUCGGACUUGAUUCAAGAUGUGCCCUCUUUGGCCGAUUCGCUUGUUUCCCACCCAGAACCAUACAAGCCAUUCCUACCAUUCCUGCAGCACUCGACAAAUGCCGAAGACCCAAUCCCUUUGCUCACAUCCACCUUCCUUACUGCACUUGUAUCGCACAGUCUUGUCGCGUCAUCGAAACCGGCACCGCGAGACAACCAGGCUCUUCCACAGCUGUACACCUAUCUCUCUACAUUGACCAAAAGCCAGGACAGUGGGCUUCAGGACAUUGGCGUACAAGGGUUUUCAGAGCUACUGAGAACGAGCCGAGCCCGAGAGCUCUUUUGGGCGCAACGCCAGGAGACUUUGGAUCCAUUGAUCGAGACUCUUCGAACUGCGGCGGGGGCUAAAGAUAAUGCUAGCACACUGGGAAGCAGCGCUCGCGGCGUCGAGCCUGGUCUCGCUGGUGGUGUUGGUCUACAGCUUCUGUAUCGCGUGCUCCUAGUGCUGUGGCAGCUUGCUUUUGAGGGAUCUUUGAUUGGCGAUGAACUUCAAGAGAACUAUGAAAUCAUCCAGCUCUAUACUCACCUUCUGCGCCUUUCACCGAAAGAAAAGACUACACGCUUGCUUAUUGCGACUCUGUACAAUCUUUGCUCCAGCAAUCGGACGACAUUGUUGCCCAUUGCCGUGUUCGUUCGACUCCCCGCCCUCCUGGUCAACUUGACUGGCCGUCACCUGACCGACCCCGACCUGCUCGAGGAUUUGAACGCUCUUUCUUCCAUGCUGGAAGAAUAUACCAAGACACAGACUACCUUUGAUGAAUAUGCCGCUGAAGUUCAAUCAGGCCAUUUGCGCUGGUCUCCCCCUCAUAAGAACCCGACCUUCUGGAAGGAGAAUGCUCGCCGAAUUGUUGAGGACUCAAACGGUGCUCUAGCCAAGAAACUCGUCGAGAUUCUGUCUAAGAGUUGGGAUAACGACAAGCAGGUGCUGGCUAUCGCUUGUAACGAUGUAGGGAACCUAGUAAAGGAGGUCCCGGAGCGCCGGGGACAGUUGGAACGACUGGGCCUGAAGACACGGGUGAUGGAGCUGAUGGCUGAUAAAGAUGAAUCAGUGCGGUGGGAGAGCUUACAUGCCGUUGGUGAGUGGCUUCGGUAUACCUUUGAGGGCUGA